UUGAGACCAUUUGGACCAACAGCAUGAAGUUCCUGGCAAUCCUCCUGCUGGCGGCGCUGACGGCGGAGCUCGUCGUCGCCGCCCCUGGGAAGCUGAGCAGAAGCAAGAGGCAGGACGACCCAGUGGGAGACGAGGAAUGGGCGUCGUCAGGCUGGGGCAGCGACGACGACGACGACUACGAAGAAGGCAGCGGAGGGUCGCCUUGGUACGAGGACGAGGAGGCGGAGGUCAACGACGAGGAGUAUCAGGACACGAGGCCGGAGAAGGUCGAGGACGGGCGGGUUCCAGGGGGGGAGGGGUCGGCCUUCAACGUGUCUCAAGGAAUGGCUGGUAUGAUGCCUUUUAAUAUGUCGGGGAUGCCCGGUAUGAUGCCCUUCAACAUGUCAGGAAUGCCCGGUAUGAUGCCUUUUAACAUGUCGGGAAUGCCCGGUAUGAUGCCUUUUAACAUUCAGGAAUGUAUGACAUCAGGGAAUGCCUUUUAA